CACUGCCUUGUCUUGUGGAGAAUCUAUGGCUUCAUUCGCAGCCGGAAUCUUCCGCUUCGCAUCUCCUGGCUUCUGGGGACGAUUGUCUCAUUUACACCAGCCCCACCAUGGCAGGGGCGGAAGGCAAGGACCCUUUGGGCUUCUUCGCUGCUUACGGCAGCAAUAACAGUUCGAGCGGCAGCUCUGACUCCGAAAACGAGGAGGUCUCAGGCUCCCAGCGGGAGUCCGCCCCAAAGCAAAAGAUUGCUGAAGGGAAGCCGCACUUGCCCGGGCCCGACGAACUCUUUAGCAGCGUCAACCGGCCGGCCUUUCUCUAUAACCCGCUGCAUAAGGAAAUCGACUGGGAGAGUCAGGUGGUGCGAGCGCCCGAGGAGCCUCCCAAGGAAUUCAAGGCAUGGAGUACAAAUGCUGUGCCACCCCCUGAGACUUACAGUGUUAAAGAAACAAAGCCCCCGCCACCGCCUGAGCUUGAUAUGGCAAUAAAGUGGUCUAAUAUGUAUGAGGAUAAUGGUGAUGAUGCUCCUCGGCACACAAAUAAAGUCAGUCUCUUACCAGACAAAGAACAAGAGACUUUUCAAUCAGUUGAUGAAAAAGAUGAACCUGCUUCAAUUAAGAAACGCAAGCUGGACCCUGAAGAGCAGACAAAGAAGAAGCGAUGAACUGAACAAAGUUUAUUUGACUUUGCAAACUGUUUUUAUUGAACACAUAAGAAGACAUCUGUUGGACUUUACUACUGGCACAAGAAAAUAAAAAUACCGUAGUAUCGCCAUAUGGCAUACAGCAUAUUUUGAGAUUCUGUAACUUCUGUGAAAUUUUUAUUAUCCAGAGUUUAUCAGUUAGCAUUGUUCGAGUUUUUGUACUUACAAAUCCAAUAUGUUUCAGCUACAGAUGUUUUGAUUAAAACAAAACUUCUUAGAAUAUUGUGAUAUGUAUUAGUGUUCAUGCAGGCUAUGAAAAUUCACAGUAUUCUGUUCAGCCACAAAGCUGGUAAAUGUGUGUUUACUGAACUUCUCUUGUGGUUAAAGAUUUUUUAAAAGGAAGUAACUUUUGGGGGAGGGAGAAAAAGUUUUAACCAUGUAUUGCAGUAAUAAUAAUGGUAGUUUGACAUGUAAAGAAUGUAUAUAGAUUACAAAAAUAAAAUUAUUUAAAAGGUUAUCUGGUAAUAUUACCUAUUCAGAUACAUUCACAUGUUUGAUUGGGGUUCUGUUGUAGUGUAUUUGCACUGUUUGUAAUAUACUUCUAGUAAAAUGAAGUAUUUAAGGUUCCUCUGGACUCUGGUUUUGUUGUGCUACUUGUUGAGCUUUGUCAGGCUAAAAUAAAAUAGUUUUUGGUGGUGGUGGUGA